AUGCUACGCAUUCUGCUAGCAGUACUGCUGGCAGUACUUGUGGACAGAAUUAACGCCUGUCCUCAACUAUGCGCCUGCUCUUCUAACACAGUGAUCUGCACUGGAAAAGGGCUUGUUCGGAUACCAAAAAGACAUUCCUGCGGACACUCACAGAUUGUGAGUUUGAAAGAUUCUCCAUAUUAUUUAUAUUUUUCAGAGAUCUUCAAGAAAAAUCGGAUUGUCGUUAUCCGCAAGGGCGAUCUGGAUCAUUUGAAGCAGCUCAAGAUAUUGUAUAUUUUUUUCAUUUUCGUAUUUUUUAUUAUUACAAAAUCAAAUUUUCUAAUGUUAUGGAGAAGCCUUUCAAGGUGAAUAUAGUUAAAACAUGAUUUCAAGUUCUCGGUGAAGUUAGAAAAAUCCUUUAAAAUAAUCUUAUUUCAGCUUUGGAUCACAUUUUCAAAGAUUAUAAGUCAAAAAAAAGUUCGGAACUAAACCCUUUUUCCAGAAACAGUUAAAGUUGUUUCCUGUUUCUCAGAUCCUUGCACAAACUGAAAUAGCUCAUGAAAAAAUUUCUAAAGUUCAUGAUGCGUAGCUGAGUUGCAGACAAUUGAUGGACAACCACAUCCACUCGAUUGAGGACCACGCAUUCGAUGCGCUUGAAUCGCUCGAGAGACUGUACGUUGCCAAUGUCGUCCUAUUACCCUGACUUGAGGCAAAAUGAAAAAUACUUUUUUUGCAGGAGGUUGAACAAAAACCGAUUGCGGUCCCUCCCGGAUGAAAUCUUCGCGAACAACAAAAAUCUUCAUCGUCUGUGAGUUUUUUCAUCGAUUCGUUUGAUUUCUCAAGAUCUGAGAAAACUUUUAGACGGUGAAAAUUCUCAACAUUUCUUUUUUUAUGAGAACUUUCCCGUCACAAAAAAGCAACUUUUUUAUUCUUUUUUCUGUAAACUUGCCACAAAUUCUCUACAAAAUAUUGUUAUUUUGUUAAAGUGAGCGGGGGUUUUUUUAAAUGAAAAUCUAAUCUUAUUAUAUUUCAUCGUCUUUUCAAUGAUUUCAAAAAAAGGUCAAAACAGCUUUCUGAUAUUGUGCAAGACUUAUAAAUAAGCGAUUCUUGAUUUAAAAAAAAAUUAAACAACACUUUUCGAAAAAAAAUUGCGUUGCGUGUACAUGAAUUCUACUCAAACUUGCAACCGGAAAACGGUUGACAAAGGCCGACUGAAACGGCGCGAAUCGUGUCAUGUUGACAUUUGUGACCCCAGUAUUCUGCCGAAUUCUCACGGCUGGAGCGACGCGUCAGCCGUCGUUUUCCGCAUUUUUCGCUUUCAGAUCCAUUGUUGCCUCGUGUUGCGUACAGUAACUUAAUGAGUGGUCUUCCUCAAUGGAGUAAUGCGAUCAUCCGGUCUUUGUGCGCCCCAUCGUCCGCAAAACGGCUGUUGAGAGCCGGAAACCAAACGGAAAAGAGACAAAAGUUGAUGUUUUAUGUGUUAAUGUUGAGACGUUUGGAUAAAAAAGUAGUUCAUUGUCAAAAGCUACUGAAAAUGCGAAUGGUUCGUAUGAUUUUCGGAAGAAUUAGUUAUGGUCCUCAGAAUACGACUUUAAAUUUUGUAGACGCUUUUUUGCUAACAUUAUUUAGGUUUUUCUUCAUUUUUAUCUACCCGAAUUUCUAGUGUUUUUCAAUAUUUCCGGCAAUCUUCCUGCGCCGAAAAGCAGCUGUUUUUUAACAAAGCGUUAUUUUUUUUUGAAGCUGGAGUAGUUUUUGUGAGGUUUUCUCAAUUUUCUGCGUGGAUGGUCAAGAAAAGUAAGGUUUUUCCCUUUGAAAAUUCCCCACAUGCAAAUUAUUUUCUUUGUGCGGUUUUGUCAGAAGAAAAAAUCGCCACUUCCUUAGAUUUUUUCUCCCAGUCUUUACAUCAUCCAACAAGUGUUUCGAAGUUUUUGUAGAGGCACCGGCUGUUAUCUCAAAGUUUUUCUAAUGACGAGAGCUGGAUGUGGGGAGCUAAGUAGAGGGCAGUUGGUUCCUUUACGAAAAGUCGUAAAUUUGUCUCGUGUUUGUAGCGGCGGCACGGCGGUGGGUUCACGGGGCUGGCAACUGGAAGUCGCAUUGUUGGCUUCCUUUGGCACAUAAUCCAUCAGGAAAUCCAGCGAUCCAUCUAGUCGUCACUUUUUUUCGAGCAUGUUUCAAUUAACAUGGCGGUCACGUGCGCCAAUUUUUCCAAUAAAAAAAUUUUUAAAAAAAGUAAAAUAUAGUUUUUUUCUGUAUCUCAUUGAACUUUAUGACCACGCGACAGAUUUUUUUAUGCAGUUCGAAAUCGUCUUAAGAAAAAAAUCUAUAAAAUUGAAAUUUCAGUUAAAAAAAGUUGAAUUUAAGAAUUUUAAGUGUUUUUUCUUACUAUAGUGGUCAAAAAAAUCUUUGACGGACUCUUUGUUGAGUAUGUCAGUGAGAGUUUGAAAUUGGAAUGACUGUGAGAAUUUUUUUAUGUACUUAAUUUUUUUGCUCAAGUCCUUUUCAAAUCGAUAAAAAAGAACAAAGCGAUUUUUCUUCAGCUUUUCUAUGAACUCGAGAAAAUCAAAAAAAUAUCUAAUUAAAAUAAACACUUUUCGCUAAGACUGUACUGCCAGGAAACCUUUUUUCCAAGAGACAUUUUCUCCCAGAGAAAAAAAAAAUCAAUACGCGAUAGAAAAAGAAUUCAAAAAACCUCCUUUUUCCCUACAAGCGCACAUUUUUUUAUCUUGCACGUUAGUUUUUUCUUAACCUUCCAAAUAAAUGAAGUGGUACCUUCAAAGUUUUUAGAACGAGAACCUUUUUUAAACUGACUUCCGGCGGUUGAGUGUACGGCUGACCCCAAAAUCUGCCAUUUCAUCUGAAACAUUUGCCGUUUUUCGGCACUUCAUAAGGAGCCGCCAAGGCGACGCUGAUUCACUGCCAGCCGAGGGCCGAACGGAUUCCACCUUGCAGGUGUCCCGCCUCGAUAUUUGUGAGUAUGCAAAUGUCACUCAAUUGCAAUGAUGAGAGAGACAAAAGUGAGUGAAGGCCACGACAACUUCUUCGUCUGCAUAACAACGGCGAUUUGACUUAUCGCUUGUUCGCACUAAGUGACCCUUGAGAACUUAGGGAGUUGCUUGUAAUUAGGAAGUAACAACUGUUUUGUUCGCUCGGAUGAACUCGCAAUGUUCGCGUCUGGUUCCUGUACUGUAUAUCGUAAACCCAAAUCUGUCCGGAGCAAUAAUACGGUAUAGAAGAAGUAGAACUAUGGGUAGAAUCUGCCAGUGGAGGUCAUUUUACUUUGCGGUUUUCUUUUUUUUUUAAGAACUGGCCAGGAGGCUCCUUGAUGAACCGGAUGGAGAUCCUGAGAGUCUCAACCUGCACAGAUUCUUAGUUUUCGAGAAAUAAGGCCUAAUGCCUAAAAAUAGUCCAUUUUAAUGAAUUUUGAGGAUUUCCUUGGUCUUCAAGGUGUCUUUUCUCAAGAACGAAGAUGUUGUGCAGGUUGAGGCUUUCAGAAUCUUUCUUUGGUACAUCAAGGAACUUUCUGGUCAAAUUUCAGGAGAUUUGCAAAAUAAAACGAUCUUCCUUGUGAGCUGCAAUCGAAAAAUUUUUCUUUUUUUUUUCAAUUUUUUUUUUGCAUUUUCUGAUAGAAAUUACGGUUCAUCGAAAUAUAUUCUUUUUUUCGAAAAACAUUUUUUUGUUUUUUCACGGCAUUCCUUUGAAGUAAGCUCUGAUCCCACGCUCUGAAACAGAAUGGGACGCAGUAAAAUGAUAUGCGGAAAAAGCGCAGACAUAAAUCGGUGGCCCUUUACGGUCUAGCCGACCUCAUUCUCUGCAGAAAACGCUUACCCGACAGCAGUGAACUAAAAAAAAAGAAAAAAAAAGAUUCAAAUUUCAUGAGUUUUCCCAGAAAACAAGUUUUCGAAGAUACAAAAUAGGGCUGUAGAGAAUAAUUUCAAAAAAAAAACUUAAUUUUCAAGUGAGCAUUCCAUACGCGAGAUUUGAGAAUUAUCGGAAGUUUGUUGAAAUAAUUGAUAGGGGAAAUUUCUGAAAAAAUCUAAAGGUACAGAAGGAUUUGCUUAAUUAACAUGGUCAGUGAUAAAGAAAAAGCUAGUGAAAAAAUAUUUUUCCUUGUGAUUUUUGGAUAUCUUUUUUUAUAGUUUGAACUGCCUUCCCACCUCGAAAAUCGUCAGCUUUCUCAACAAGGUCUGAAUCUACAGAUACCAUCAAGAGCUGCCCCAGGCCAUGCACAUUGACGGUGAUGCAUGGCGGCAUUAGCUUGCCACCUAAUCAAUCACUUUUCUGGGAACUUUUGUCGAAACCUCAAGACGAAAGACACUUGAGCGGCAAACUCCGCAAGGAAAACAACUAAAACGAGCCACUUGAACAUUUGAGAGUUGCGGACUCUUCCGAAUAGCUCAUUAUUCCAUCUGGAGCUAAGAUGUGCAAGGGAGAUGAGCCUAAACACGGCGGAUUUGCAUUUAUCGUGAGACAAUCACGCAUUUAUCAAGCGGAUAUGUCGGCCCGGUUAAUAGAUUGGAGUGUUUCAGAGACCUCAGCGAGAAUUUCCUCACGGCUGUUACCGAUGAUCAACUGCGGGGGCCCAAGAACAUGCGGAACUUACAAAUGGACAAAAAUAACCUCGUCUGGUAAUAUUUCCCUUUUAUAAAACAAUUUUCAGGUACGAAGGUGGGAAAAUUCUCGUUUUUCUGAGUUGACCAGCGCAUCCAUUUUGUCUGGCAAUUUCAAAAAGCAAAAAAAGAGAGAAAAAGAGCACCGCUUUUGAAAUUAACACUGUGCAAACAACUGCGAGAAACUCAACACCUUUCGCAUUUUAGUGGAAAAAAGAGACUAUGGCUUUUCGUACUUUGAAGCAACUUGACUAAGAACUUUGGGACUGAAUGAAAAAUCUCAAUUCAGCUUGGAAACAAAUGUCAUUUCGUCGUGGAACUCUUUGGAAGUGCUUACAGUCAACAAUAAUAACUUGACGACGCUGGGAGAGAUCGACAUGAUGCCGAAUUUGAGAUUGUUGUGAGAGUUUAAAAUUAUUAUUCGUGAAAAAAUGAAACACAUUUCUGGUCGCGAAAGCAUUUAGAGAACUUUGUCCUGAAAAUUUGAAAGCUCUAGAACCCAGCAAAACUCAGAUGGAUAUGGUUUAAUCCUAAAAAAAAGUUCUGUGAGUCAAUUUACAAGAAAAAUGUUUUGCUCAUCGUUCAGACAGGAUAUAAAACCAAUGAAAAGUAUUGUAACUACAGGAAACGAUUUGAAGCUUACGAACUUUUUUUUUUCAGAAAGUGACAAAGAAAGGUCGUGUUUUUAUGAAUGAGUAUCUGACUUGGUUGAAAUUUUUUCUUCAAAAAUAAAAACUUCUAACAUAUUCAAGGAAUUUCAUAUAAAGAAAAACACACUCUUAACUUUUAUUCUGAACUUUUAUUAUCAAUCCUCGAAUUCUGUUUUAACAGCCGGCUCUCGGAGAACCCCUGGCUGUGUGACUGCCGUCUGAAGUGGAUGAAGCGGUCGACGACAGGCCAAGCCGCAACUCACGCCAAAUGCGCGAAACCCGCUACUUUGCAGGGAUCAUCCAUUAAUAGCGUCGACGAAAGCGUUUGUUGCCGGUUGCACCCGACUGCUCACGGUUCCGUUCCAGAUGAUGAAGUGCUCGGGGAUCGAGAAAAGGGCGACGGCUUCAUGCAAAGAAGCCAGGGUCUGUCCAGCUGUGUGCACCUGCACUGAGACUACGGUGGACUGUCGUGACAGAGGCUUAAUGCACAUUCCUGCGAACUUGCCUCCACAUACUACUGAGUUGUGAGAUCUUAAACUACUUCAAUCGAACAAAACAGCAUUGAUAGUUUUCUACAUACACUAAUAAAAUAAGGUCUUCUUCAGUUUCAUGCUGUAAAAGAGAAGCUCACGGAUUUCUCACGGAAGUGCUCGGGGAUCGAGAAAAGAAGAACUCGAGCUUAUUCACAAGAACUCGAGCUUAUUUAAACUUCGAAAUUUCCUAAUUUUUCAAUCGCUACAGCUUGCGUGCUGAAUAAUGUUUCAUAGUUGUCAAUUUUAACAUGUUCCUAGCUUUGAAGCAUAAGCUUCAUAUUACCAUUUUUUUGCUCUAAGUUCAAAAAAAAACUGAACUAUCUUUCGUUCUCCAAAAGAUGAGUUAACAAAGAAGUUUUUUUUUCAUUUUUGAAAAGAAAACUUCUGCAUUUCAGACGCCUGGAGGAGAACUUCAUCACUUACGUUCCCCCAAAAGCGUUUCAUAACUUGAAAAACCUCCGAAGACUGUGAGUUCAUUUAUUUCAUCUUCUCCAGAAUCUUGUCAUUUCAGAGAGCUGAGCAAAAACAGCAUUAAUGAAAUAUCUCCAAAGGCUUUCGAAGGAUUACACAAUCUGAACAUACUGUUAGGCUCUUACAAUCUGCCCGAUGCACUAACUCAUCUUUUAGUGCGCUCUAUGGCAACAACUUGACAGAACUGCCAGUUGACGCGUUCGUGGGACUACCCAACCUGCGUAUCCUCUUGAUGAAUGCCAACCAGCUUCAUUGCAUCCGUCGAGGAACUUUCGAUGCUUUGUAUAACCUGAAUCUUCUGUCACUGUAUGACAACCAGAUCAAGUCCAUCAGUGAAGCAACUUUCAAAAAUCUGACAAAGUUGCAAACUCUGCAUCUGGGAAGAAAUCCAUUAAUUUGCGAUUGCAACCUGGUGAAUGAAAAAACUUACAUGGUUAUAUGAUAACUCUUCUCAGGAAUGGCUGGCUCGGAUGCAGGCUGAAAAAAGCUAUGAAACCACAGGAGCCAGAUGUGAACAGCCUAAAAGGAUAGCAAGAAAAAGAAUCGCAAGUUUGACCCUCAACAAAUUCCGCUGCAAAGGUCACGGAGGUCUAAGUUUCUUAUGUAACUAUGUAUUUCAGGUUCCGAAAUGUUCAUCACUCAACGGGCCGAUGAAUGUUUCAUCGACUUCGAAUGUCCAACUCAAUGUUCCUGUCACGGGACCGUUGUGGAGUGCAGGUAAGACUACUGCUCAAAAUUGGAGUAGGUUUUUUGCUUCGGAACCAAUUUUUGAGCUCUUUCAAAGUCAAGAAAAAACGUCACCAUAGUACAGAAAUUUUGAUUUCGGAAUAACUGGAAAAAGUUAAAGUUUUUGUUGCCUAGUAAUUUUUUUUCAAAAAAACUCCUAUCAAAUGAAAAGUGAUUUUGAACGAAACGAGCACAAACACAAUGACACAUGUUCUCGAAACAACGCGCCUGGUGCGUUCUCUAGCGUAGUUUACCUGGCUAAUGGCCCCCACAGUUGAUAUAAAACGACCGGCGGCUCCAUCGCCAAAGGGCUUGAUUAAUGGAGUUUGCGUUGGGAAGGACCUGAGACUCGUGAGCGCAGCUCUCUCUUUUUAUUCACCACACUUGAUGAAGGGGUUAAGAAAACUUUAAACUAUCACUCAGCGAUCCAUUCUGCAACUUUUUUUCAGCGGAAAAGAUUUGGAAGCCAUACCAGCAGAAACACCAACGUACGCUACACACUUGAUUCUGAGCAAAAACAGGAUUUCGGAGGUCAACACAAAAGGAAAUCUCCGUCUACUCAACAACUUAAUAAAACUGUAAAUUAUCCUUUUUUUUUUCCCACAAACAAGUAAAUUUCAGAGACCUUUCUCAUAAUGAGAUUUCAAACAUAGAAGAUGAGAGCUUGAGCAAUAUGAGAAGCCUGAAAGACAUGUAAGUGAAAAAAAAAAUGAGAAAAAUAACUUUUUCUCUCAGAAACUUCUCAAACAAUAAACUGCGACACUUCUCAAGCUCCGCUCUUGGAAAGUUCACGCCUGUGGAAACACUGUGAGCUCGCAAUUUGUUCUUGAAGUGUUUCCUUUUCAGUUCGCUUAAUAACAACCAGCUGCAAUGUGUGACUCCCCAAAUGUUUACUAACCUUUUCAACCUCAGUUUUGUGUAUGUAUUUGAGUUUUCAAAGUAUUUGGAUUUGAAUAGAUUUCAGAAAUCUCGCAAACAAUAAGAUUCAAUGCCUGACUUCAACCGCUUUCGAAGGUCUCUCGAGUUUGAAAAAUGUGUAAGUUUUUUUGAUCAGAAAAAAAAAUUUGCGUUUUCUUAUUUUUGCUCUAAAGCUUUUUUUCAUGAAAAAAAUAAUCGCUUAAGCCGAACAAAAAGCCUAAAGUUUAAUUUCUAUCUUCAUUUGAUUUUUUGAUUUUCAGUCAAAUAUCAGGCAAUGAUAUCGCCUGUGAUUGCCGAAUCGCGCCAUUGGCAGCGUGGCUGCAGAAAAAUGCUUCGAAUACUGUGGAUGUGACGACCUGCAAUCACCCCGAAGCAACUCGAGGAAUGUUGAUUUCUAACCUGGCUCUGAAUGAGCUCCAAUGUUCAGGUAAGUGAAUAAAGGCGCUUUUUUGGGCAUUGUAACUUUGCAGAUGCUGCAAACGCAAUUUGCACAGACAGCGGUGGGUAUUGUCCCCAUGGGUGCACGUGCCAAGAUAACAUCGUCCGUUGCUCUAACAAAGUAAUCUGUCUUUAUGUGUCUCCAUAUCCUGACAAUUUGCAGGAUUUGACUGAGUUCCCAGCUGGCAUCCCUCUUGACACUGUCGAGUUGUUUUUGGAUUCUAAUCGGAUCACUGAAAUUCCAGUGGACCAAAUCAAUCGGUUAAGCAACUUGACCAAGCUGUGAGUAGCAUAGGAAAUUUUGAACUUUUUUUUGCAACCACGCAGUUGAUUUUUUUCCCAUUUUAACGUAUACAAGAAGUAGUUCUAUAACUGAUUCACGGCUGACUUGAACCAUCAAAAAAGGGUCCUGACACGAUGAUAAAAGAGAUAUUGCGUGGUUGGUGGAGAGCGCAGACACCCCAGGCUUUCUCAGCGUCUCAAGUUACCCGUGAAUCGGUUAUACUCUCAAACUAAGCCUACAAAACGACUAAGGUAACUAUUAACUCCACAUGAACUUUUUUAAUGGAACCGAAAUGUCAAGAACUCGAAAAAACCUUGACAAAAACUUCAAAAAAAGCUUUUGCAUUUGAAGUAUCUCAUACGCAAAGUUGUUUCUGUCGUCAAGAACUUCAACCACUAAUAAGAAUCAUAAAAUUUCAUUCAAAAAAAAAAAACUACGGAAAACGUUUCAGAGAUCUGUCCCACAACCAAAUCGUUUCAAUCGAGAACAACUCGUUUGCCAAUUUGACCCGGCUUUCAACUUUGAUUAUCUCUUAUAACAAGCUCCAAGUAAAAUGAUUAUUUGUUACGAAAAACUUGAGCAUAAAUGUUUAGUGCAUCCAACCUUUCGCGUUUUCUGGAUUAGGGUCUUUGCGGAUCCUUUCUCUUCACGGCAAUGACAUCUCCGUUCUACCUGAAACCGCCUUCAGCAGUUUGGUCAACAUUACCCACAUGUAACUUUCCUCUUUUGUUUUAGAAAUAUAAUAAAUGUUUACAGUGCGGUUGGAAGCAAUUCUCUGUACUGCGAUUGCCGCAUGGCCUGGUUCUCUCGUUGGAUCAAGCUGAAGUUCGUCGAAGCUGGAAUUGCCCGUUGUGAUUCUCCAUCCAAUCUUGCAAAUCAGCUUCUGCUAACUUCCCAUCCUCAAACUUUCGUGUACGAGAAAACGGAAAAUUCCGAAUAAGAUCUGAUUUUCAGAUGUGAUUUCAUUGUGCCAAAGCAUGUCACUGCGAAAUGUGACGCUUGUGUAGAAUCACCCUGUAAAAACAAGGCGACUUGUGAGCGGGUCGGUGGGAAUGGUUACAAAUGUACUUGUCCUGCUGGCUUCCACGGAAGAAACUGCGAGAAAGAAAUUGAUGCCUGUUAUGGACAUCCGUGUAUGAACAACGCUACUUGCAAGGUAAUUUUGUCAGUUCGGAUAUGAAAAUUUUGAAGAUAAUCCACAAUCAGUUAUUUUUUUCUAGUGGGACCUAUUUUUGAAUAUUAACUCAUUCUCUACUGGUUAUUGUGAGAAUUUAAGGAUGGGUUUUUUUUCAAAAAUGAGUGACUAGUAUUAAAAAAAGAUGACAUCAUGGUUUUUUUCCCCUAAGAAAAAUAGCGAUGCGUUCGAGUCAACAGAAAGAGAAAGUUUUUUUUUUCAAGCUUCUCUCCUUUUUUUUAGGUUGUACAAGCCGGUCGAUUCAUGUGCGUCUGUCAAAAAGGCUUCAAGGGUGAUCACUGUGAGGAAAACAUUGAUGAUUGUGUCAAUAAUAAAUGCCAAAACGGAGCCAAAUGCAUCGAUAUGGUAAAAGUCUCAUUUUUCACAAUUUGAUCAUAUUUUCAGGUAAACUCAUAUCGCUGCGAUUGUCCAAGAGAAUUUAGCGGGAAAUAUUGCGAAAACAGACUGGAACUCUGCAGCAAAGGCCUGAAUCCUUGUGAAAACGGGGCAAAAUGUCAGAAAACCGAAAAUAGCUACAAGUUAGGAUUCUCGGAAAACAUCUGAUAUGUAUUACUUCCAGCUGCACUUGCUUACCUGGGUUCACAGGUCAAAACUGUUCUGUCAAUAUUGACGAUUGCACCGGUCACAUGUGUAAGAAUGGAGGAAUCUGUAUCGUGAGUUGUUUUAUCACUUGGAGUCGGAAAACUCAGCGAAAAAUAGGAUGGAAUCACGACAUAUUCCUGCCAAUGCAUCAUGGGAUUCACUGGACAGUUCUGCGAUAUUCCGCCUACAAGCAACGCUCUUUACCCUAACACGGCUCAAUGUCAAUCUAGCUCCUGCGGCCAUGUUUUUUCCAUCUUGGAAAUCUUAUUCGUUCUUCAUAUUUACAGGGAGCUUGUGUUCACAACGAGGAAACUAACGAAUAUGAAUGCAAAUGCCAUGAAGGCUUUGCUGGGAGCAAAUGUGACCGGCAAGUUUCUGUGGGCUUCAAUCGGCCAGGCGCUUAUAUUGCCUUGGAACCGUGGAACGUGGCCAAUGGAAAUCUCAGCUUCACCCUCCGGACCACAAAUAGGUAGGCUACAAACAUACUAAUUCUCACAUAUUUUCCUAGAUCUGGCUUGAUUGCAUAUUACGGUGACGAGAACUUCAUUUCGGCUGAACUUUACGACGGCCGCAUCAAAAUUGCGUAUUACAUUGGAAAUUACCCUCCAAGCCACAUGUACAGCUACAUUACGGGUUUUGAGUUACAAAUCGUCAGCCUUAUUGCUUUUUUUCAGUCAACGACGGGAUGCCUCAUCGCAUAUCUUUACUUCUUGAGGGCAAGAAAUGUCACCUGAGAAUCGACGAUCAGACUGUGCAAACUGUCGAAAACGGAGGGAAAAAAGAAAAGAUGGUCAUCGAUUCUAAACAGUAUUUGUACUUGGGAGGCCUUCCUGAACAUCAGGCAAAUCGGGCCAAAUCAGUUUUUCACAUCAAGGAACACGAUAGUCUGAAAGGUAUGUUGGACUAGUUUAAUCUGUUUGUGAGAUUCAAUGGGUUUUGUAGCGCUGAGAAUUCACUCAAACAAAAAAAAAGGCUAGAAGUCUCGAUAUUCUUUUAAAACUUUAGUUAUGGUGAUGCCUUUUUGAAAAAACUCUAUCAAAAUUUUUUUGAUAUCAGAUCAUUUUGAAACUAAAUUUCUGAGCAUGUCUAUUUAGUGCUGUAAACCGAUUUCCUCAUUUUUCAGGCUGCAUCGGUCAAAUCCACGUAAACGGCGAUCUGAUUGAAGUUCAAAACGCCAUCGAGAAAGAAAAAACAGAAGAGGGUUGCUCCGGAGUAGUCGAUUUGUGCGCUGGUAGGUUGAAUAAGACUUUUUCAUACCAAAUCUUUUUUGAAGGAGUUCACUGCGGCCACGGAUCUUGUGAAAACAAUUCUACAAGACCAAACGGCUACGUAUGUCGAUGUCAACAAGGAUACAGUGGUCAGACCUGUCAAGAGAGUUAGUUUUUCAUUUUCAAAUGCUGAAGAAAAAGAUUGUUUAGGAGAAAUAACUUGCAAUAAAGAAAAAUUCCGCAAAGUUCACAUCGAGAAUGACUGCAGAUCAAUCGAGGAGAUCAAAAAUGCUGAAUGUAGUGGAUAUUGUGGGGAUGGAGAGGUGAGCAGGUUUUUCAUUUAAAUUCAAAUUUCGGUUGGGGUGAUUUUUACGCUUUUCUGGAUUUUAAUUUUGUCCGUAUCCAUGCUUUAUAUUACCGACUUUCUGUUAAGGAAUGCUGUUAUGCUGUCAAAACCAAGAAGAGAAGAGUCAAAAUGCAUUGCAAAGAUGGAACCAGGUCAGUUUCCUCUAACUCAUCAGCAUGAAGAAUCGCAACCAAUUCAGUCGGAUCUCAAUUGUCAACAUCAUUCGAAAGUGCCAAUGCGUCGAUUUUUGUCCGGCGCCCGAGUUCUCCAGCGUCUUCCUCCGAUGA